UGAGCAUCGACAAGAUCUUCAACAACUGUGAAAGGCAGGAAGGAGGAAGGAAGAACAUCGUGGAAAGAGGAGUUUAACAUCAGCCAACCGGCCCUUUUACCAUCAUGGCUGAAGCUGAACAGCAGCAACAACAACCAACAGCGGAACCGCCGAAAGUCAACAAACAGAAGGAAGUAAUCGCUAGUAAAGUAACGGGGACUGUAAAAUGGUUCAAUGUGAAGAGCGGUUACGGCUUCAUCAACCGAAACGACACCAAGGAGGAUGUUUUUGUACACCAAUCGGCCAUCAUCAAGAACAACCCGAAGAAAGCCGUCCGUUCGGUUGGCGAUGGUGAAAUCGUCGAAUUCAGCGUCGUCGUCGGCGAAAAGGGUAAUGAAGCCGCCAAUGUGACCGGUCCCAAUGGUGAACCCGUCCGUGGUUCUCCAUAUGCGGCCGAUCGUCGUCGAGGCUACCGUCAAUGGUACUACACCCGUGGUCGCGGUGGUCCCCGACCUCGACGUGGACCACCACGAGAUAGUCAAAGUGAAGGUGAAGGCGGAAAAGAUGGCACUGCGUCUGGUGGUGAAGGAGGCGGUAACGGUAAUGGACCACCGCGCCGUUAUAGGCCGAGGCGCGGGCGCGGCGGCUACGUCGGCGGUUAUUAUAGAGGAUCUUAUCGUGGACCACCGCCACCAUUAGGCGAUCAAGAUCAGAACGGUGAUGCGCCGAGAGGGCGCGGGCCCCCGAGAAGAUUCUUCCGUAGAAACUUUCGUGGCGGAAGAGGGGGCGGAAGACGACCACAGUCUCAAGACAGCCAGGGCCAGGCUGGAGAACAGGUUGGUCAGGAUGGACCUCGUGGACAACAACGUUCUCGCUAUCGUAGACGUGGACCUCCACGUCCGCGUGGCGGAAACUCCCAGUCCGAGUCCGGAAACAAGAGUUCAGAAGAAACUGGACCGGUAAAGACUGAAGAGAGUCAGCCAGUGCAGAAUACCACCACCGAAAGCACGGCUUAGCGUUGUCGCGCUCAAGUCCACCAUUUUUACUAUAACCAUACUAUGUUAACAACUUAUUAGCGCGUGAGUUUUUAAGCAGACAAAAGGCAUUUCAUUACGGUUUAAUUUGUGUGUACAUCAAGAUUUAAUUCCUUCAGAACUGCGUCUUUCCGGGUUUGGCGCCCAAGCUUUCAAGACGGUUGGUCAUCUACAUUUUUGAUACUUUUUAUAUAUUUCUCAAUUGAUGUUUAUAUAAAAAAACCUACUUGUAAAAAAUCAAUAAUUUGUGAAGUGUUUACAUGAAAAUAACCCGAUUGAAAGCGGCGACAAACUGUAAUUAUUGUUUAAUUGAUUUAUUCAAUACGUUUUUGAAAUGUCUUAAGACCUUAUGUCUUGCUGCAAAAUAUUUUUCCCUCAUAACAAAUAACAAAAAAACUUAUAAAAAUGCAACGUUUGUCUUUACAACCAGCAACAUGUCGACGGACGUUGUACCAAAAAAAAAAUGAUUGCAACUUGUCUUUUCCCAGUUGCAAACAAGGGAAAAGAACUUAAUAAAUUGAGAAAAAUUACAAAAAAAUUCGAAAAAUACAUAAAUGGAACGGUUUAUUUCUCAGGUACUUUCGUAGGGAUUUUUUUUUACAUAUUUAUAUUAUGUCGAGUGCAUUGUAAAGUUUUAUUUAUUUCGGUAAAUUCGUCGGUAUUUUUGGGUACUAGUCAUGUAAGUAAUUGCUGUAAAAUACUUAAAGAACCUUCACCUUUACGAUAUUUCUCGAAGUAAUUGGUUUGCAGCUUUUUUGUUUAUAUGAUCUUUUUUGUAUAUAUUGAUUUAACGAGCAGUUGUAAAAUGGGAAAUAAAUGCUGUUCUUGA